AUGUGGCUUGUCGAGUCUACGGACGAUGGUAUAUUGCAUCUUUUGCUGCCAGACAAAGUGUACUUAGUGGGACGCAAGAAAGAUGCAGAAUUCCACAUACCGCACAAGUCGGUGUCAAGACUCGAAUUUUCGUUCAAAGCCAAAGGUGAUACCCUAGAGAUUGCAAACGUGUGCCCUAGACCAAAAUUAGGUGCUGUGGAGAUCAAUGGCGUGUCUCUGGGAUAUCAAGAAGUUUUGCGUUUUGAUUCAGGUACUGGUGAUCUGACUAUCCGUGGAAAAGGUUUUUUAAUGAGAGCUAUUUGGAAAAAUAUGGUUACAAAUAUAGUCUUCCCUGAACUCCAGGAUUUGGCUCAUUCCGAUGAUCGCCACAUAACACACUACUUUGUCACUGGAGAAGAGACAAUUGGUCAAUUAAUCGAGCUCUGCCGUUCCAACCCUGAGAUCAAAAUCAUGGACAGACAGUGGCUACAGCAAAUUAACUGGCCAGGACUAGAAUCAAAUUUCCAAAAAUAUUGGCACGAUGAUCAGAUUUGCCUACCUGCUAUUGGCAAAGCUUAUGAUGACUUGAAGGAUCUGAGCGGUAUUCAAUUCAAAAAACCAGGGCCUUCGGACUUGUUGGUUUUUUGUUUCCGUUGUCAUCACGAGAGUGUCGGUCGAUUCAAAAAGGUCGUUGACGAGAACAUGCCGAUUAAGGUAGUUCUGGAAUUUGAUCCAUCUGCUGCCGAAGUGAAAGAUACGAAAAAGCUCGCUGUGCAAGACAUUCCGUCCGCUGGUCUUGGUUUCAAGGAUAUGCUUUCUUCGGGGGACUCCCAAUCAAGCCGGAGGCAUGCUAAGAGAAUGUCAGGCUCAUUAGGAUCUUCCCAGAUGUUCCUCCCGGAUAUUGACGAUUUUGAAGUUAUAAAGAGCGACCCUGUAAUUUCUUCGGAAAAGGAUACAACGUCAAGGGCAGCUUCAAAUGAGACUGGUGUUUCUCCCGGUAGGGAGGUGAUUGCAAGAUUUCAAGCAUUGCUACACUCUACUAGAGAUCCUGUACAACGGGCUGACCAGAAUGAAUCGAACAAAAGUAUAACUGAGCCUACUUCGACAUCUACUUACGCACAUAAAAAAGAAAGCUCCCAUGAGCUGCCCCUGGUCGAGGUUCUCCAAGAGGCCAAAAAGGCCAAAGAAGAAAGCCAGGAUCGGGAGAUAGCUGGAGAGACUUUGCAACCAAAAAUCACAAAAUUUAUCGUUGCAGUCAAAGAAUUCCAGCCUCAUCAGUAUAUGGGUGCAAACCGCAAAUGGAGAGGCCGCGAGGACUACUCCAAUUUUCGAAAGACUAACAACGGUGAGCAGAAUGAUGUUGUUUUUGAUGCCAUGGCCUCUUAUAUUAGGCUCAAACCGUCAAGCUACAACUCUGCUCUCACACGAGAAGGUAUUCAUCUUGAAGAGGACCGAAUCCCCGAGCUUGACCGGGAAUUCGAUUUUCCACGUCGUAAACGACCAUUUCCGUUCAGGCCAGCAGCUAUGGUGCAGCGGGCCUCUAUUGAUGACGACGAUGAUAUCCCUGUGUUCAAGAGUUCCCGAAAAUGA